AUGGGGAGCAUCUUUGCGGACUUCCACGAAGCCCAGCGGGUAGGGUAUGGUCCCCUCCUUGCAUCAUGUCUAGCUCCCAUCGACACAGAACGGGACCCCCGUCGACUCGAGUCAUUCGCGCAAAUAUCAAACUAUCAGACGGUCUCGGCCGAUGUACGCUACCACAUCAUUCAAGACCGCAAUGCUGCCAAACUGCCCAAAGCCGAAGCUAAUGCUUGGGUUGACAUCUUCGUCGCUCUGUGGAAAUGUGUCAAAGAACUUGUCGCGCUACGGCAGGGUGCCGGCACCUGUGACUGGUCCAAGGCGUUUGAUGCGUACAGAGAGUUGUGCAAUCACCUGGUGAGAGGAUACACAAAUUUUGGGUUUCAGGCCUGGACGGUUCCGUGCCUCAGCGUUGCCGGAAAAUAUCUCCGCAUCAUAGCUAUGAGAGCAGACACCGAGACCAAAGCCAAGGAAGGAAAUGGAGACGUCUUUGCGAGUGGUUUCUCAGACGACAUCGUGGGCGACACAAACAAGAACGAGAAAAUGGAACAGGCCGCCUGGACCAUCAAUCGAAUGUUCACGAUAUGCUUGAGCGACCGAGCCGAGGAGAGUGAGUCACGGAGAUGGGGCAUCUACAGCACCACCAACUUGCUGUUCAAGACAUACUUCAAACUCAAUUCGGUCUCACUUACAAAAAAUGUCAUCCGUGCUCUAGAAGCCGCAGCAGAUGACAUCCCCAGUCUCUCGCGAUUUCCAAAGUCCCACCAAUGCACAUUCAAGUACUACCGCGGAGUUAUUGAAUUCCUGCAAGAGAACUACGGCGACGCGGAACAGAAUCUAAUGGAAGCAUUCCAACUGUGUCACAAGGACUCCGUGAAGAACCGAGAGCAAAUCCUGACUUACCUAGUCCCGGCACACAUCAUAAACCAGUCCCAACUGCCUAGCAACGCCCUGUUGGCUCCUUAUCCAACUCUGACAAGGAUCUUCACACCAUUAUUCACUGCCAUCCGCGCCGGCUCGCUCGCCGCCUUCGACGAUGCUCUUUCUGAAGCUGAAUCAGAACUAGUCAGACGCCGCAUCUAUCUCACUCUUGAGCGCACCCGCGGCCUCUGCUUGCGCAACUUGUUCCGGAAGGUCUUCCUGGCAGCAGGCUGGGAGGAUACCAAGGAUGCAACGACUAGCGAAGUGACAGGCAAAAUCCGUCGAACAAGGAUCCGCAUCGAAGAAUUCGAGGCGGCAAUGCGUGUGAGUUAUAAGGGUGCCACGGACGUGGUGGUUGACAGGGACGAGGUUGAGUGUUUCCUGGCCAAUAUGAUUUACAAGGUGCGUCGCAUUGCCUAUUUUAUGUUCAUUUGCCCACACCCUUUCGCUUGA